GAGCGGCAACCCGACGACACCCCCGGGGAGCCCGGGGCGGCUGUGGCACCGGCGGCCGGACAGGGCUCACACAGUCGGCAGAAGAAGCCUUUUUUUGUGGGAGAUGGGCAGAAGCUGAAGGACUGGCACGACAAGGGGGCCAUCAGGAGGGAUGCCCAGCGCGUGGGGAAUGGAGAACAGGGGAGACCUUACCCCAUGACUGAUGCAGAGAGAGUGGACCAGGCAUACCGAGAAAAUGGAUUUAACAUCUACGUCAGUGAUAAGAUCUCCCUGAAUCGCUCUCUCCCUGACAUCCGGCACCCAAGCUGCAACAGCAAGCGCUACCUGGAGAGCCUGCCCAACACCAGCAUCAUCAUCCCCUUCCACAAUGAGGGCUGGUCCUCCCUCCUGCGCACCGUCCACAGUGUGCUGAACCGCUCUCCCCCCGAGCUGGUGGCAGAGAUCGUGUUGGUCGACGACUUCAGCGAUCGAGAGCACCUGAAGAAGCCCCUGGAGGACUACAUGGCCCUCUUCCCCAGCGUGCGGAUUCUCCGCACCAAGAAACGCGAAGGCCUGAUAAGGACUCGCAUGCUGGGGGCCUCCGCAGCUACCGGGGAUGUCAUCACCUUCCUGGACUCACACUGUGAAGCCAAUGUCAACUGGCUUCCCCCCUUGCUGGACCGCAUCGCCCGGAACCGCAAGACCAUCGUGUGCCCAAUGAUCGAUGUGAUCGACCACGAUGACUUCCGCUACGAGACGCAGGCAGGGGACGCCAUGCGGGGUGCCUUUGACUGGGAGAUGUACUACAAGCGGAUCCCAAUCCCCCCAGAACUGCAGAAAGCUGACCCCAGCGACCCAUUUGAGUCUCCUGUGAUGGCCGGCGGGCUGUUCGCUGUGGACCGGAAGUGGUUCUGGGAGCUGGGCGGGUACGACCCUGGCUUGGAGAUCUGGGGCGGAGAGCAGUAUGAAAUCUCCUUCAAGGUGUGGAUGUGCGGGGGCCGCAUGGAGGACAUCCCCUGCUCCCGAGUGGGCCACAUCUACAGGAAGUACGUGCCCUACAAGGUCCCCGCAGGCGUCAGCCUGGCCCGGAACCUGAAGCGUGUGGCAGAGGUGUGGAUGGACGAGUACGCCGAGUACAUUUACCAGCGCCGGCCCGAGUACCGCCACCUCUCGGCUGGGGAUGUGGCAGCCCAGAAGAAGCUCCGCAGCUCCCUGAACUGCAAGAGUUUCAGGUGGUUCAUGACCAAGAUUGCCUGGGACCUUCCCAAGUUCUACCCACCGGUGGAGCCACCAGCUGCGGCCUGGGGCGAGAUCCGCAAUGUGGGCACAGGCUUGUGUGCGGACACAAAGCACGGUGCUCUGGGUGCCCCGCUGAGGCUGGAGAGCUGCAUCCGGGGCCGAGGGGAGGCCGCCUGGAACAACAUGCAGGUGUUCACCUUCACCUGGCGUGAGGACAUCCGGCCGGGAGACCCUCAGCACACCAAGAAGUUCUGCUUUGACGCCAUCUCCCACACGAGUCCUGUCACCCUGUACGACUGCCACAGCAUGAAGGGCAACCAGCUGUGGAAAUACCGCCAAGACAGGACCUUGUACCACCCUGUGAGCAGCAGCUGCGUGGACUGCAGUGAAAGUGACCACCGGAUCUUCAUGAACACCUGCAACCCAGCCUCCCUCACCCAGCAGUGGCUGUUUGAGCACACCAACUCGACGGUCUUGGAGAAGUUCAACCGGAACUGAUGCUCGAGUCCCCUGGCAGCCCCAGCAGGACCCCGCCAGCUCUCACUGCUGCCUCGCUGUCCCCAAGGAGGCCGCGCCCCUGCAGGCACCAUGGUGCCCAAGGUGCUGGCCAGCGGGUUGAGGGCCAAGAGGGCAGUCGGGGCUGAGCAGGGACCUGCCUGCUCCCACAGCACUGAGCCGGGGGUGGGUGAAGCAGAACCCACAGCAGGCCCCACAGGAAGGCAGAGUCUGCCCUAAUUCCUGCAGGUGUCACGGUGAAGCAGGAAGGCCUUUUCAAAUUUGUCACACCGUCCCCUUGAGCAGUAUGUGGGCGGAUCCCAGGGAAGUCCUGGGCUGCCCAAAAGUGAGUCCUGCAAAGCUGCCUGGCCCCAGGUGGCUCUCCCGCAUGACAGCACUUAGAAAUCAAGGCAAAAUUUGCCUGCCACUGGCAGCAUCUACUGCCACCACCUGCGGCAGAAGAAGCGAAAUCCUCCUUGGGCCUUCUGGUCCCUGCCUGAGAGGGGGUGGCUGUCCCUAGUGCCCAGCUUCUGCUGUGUCUUGGUCCCAGGACUUUGGCCUAAGGCCACAAACCUGAAAGCUGGCCAGCUGCCAGCUGUGGGUGAGGACAGGGGCCCCAGACCUUCCUCUGAGCCACAGACGCGCAGGAGCUCCCUCUGGUGCACAUCCCAGUGCUCUGCAGACACACGGACAGUCAGCCACCAGCUUUAGGGGAUAAUUGACUGGUCUUGGACCCAUGGAAAAGGGUCGGUAACCCACCAAGCCAGCCAGGCCCAUGCUUCCAUUUCCUUUUCCCCCUCCAAGGCAACUACCUGCCUCAAGAGGAGCACAGGGGUGCCAUGAGUUGCUCCUGUUCCAGAGGCCGGAGGCCUCCUCCAUGGCCUAUGGGCAGGGCACCAAGGCUCUGGCUUCACCCUGGUUUUAGUUCUCAUAGAACUCUAGUAUUUCCCAAGAACUCUGAUUCCAUCCCAAACUCGAACAUCCCAUGGGGUUCUAGGAUUCUGCAUCUGCUGUGGACUUCUAGAAUGCUGUGAUCCAAAUAGCAGCGCAGUGUGAUACAGCCCAGGCAGGCCCAGGCCUCGGGACCCUGAACCCCACGGGCAGAGGCAUAGAAGAGGGAGUGGCAGGACCGGGCCCUGCACAGGACCAGUGUCAGCAGAGAGCAGGGCCCCGGAGAAAGGAACCCGCUGUUCCAAGACCUCCAGUACACCCAGCUCCGUUGCAGCCCUUCACGUGUCCCUGUCCCUGUUUAAUUACCUGUCAGACUUCCAGAGGGUUUGGUGACAUCCUGCCACCCACUGACUCAAGUGAAAAUCUCAGUCCACAGCGUUAGCCUCCACCAGCUGGCACUGGGAGCACUUGAAAUCAGUCUCCUGAUCAGAGCUGGGCCCCUGGUUGUACCCUUAACCAUUAAGUGACUGAGACGUAAGUCUGCAGUCAGAGCCACGAAUCUGCCCGGGAGAUGCUGGCUGACCUCAGAGCCACCCGGACUGAGACGUAGCGGCUCUGCCACCUCAGCCCUUGUGCUUGAGAAGUUUGCUUGUCAAGCCCUCCUGUCUUUUCCUAAAUGAGUGCCAUAUCUUUAGAAGUGGCCCCGGCAGAAAAGACUCCCAAGCGAGGCUCCUUCUAGAAUCUAGAAUGAGGAUUACCAGAGAGAGCACUGCAAUUCGGGGACCGGCAUCGUCAGAGAGCAAUGCAGCAUCGUUAAAGUCAAAACUGUGCCUUUUACAAAAGAAAAAAAAAUGCAAAUGUACAGCAAAUCCCUAAACUUGAACCAUUUCCUAGUGCCUUGCUAGACAACUGUACAGCGGAAGGUGGGGAGGGAAUGCGUUGGUGGUGUGGUGGUUACUGGUGGGUGGGUGGCUACCUUUCUGGGUGUCUGACUGCAAGCAGGGGCAGGUCUGAGGUUGAACGGCCCCUAAGGGCCAAAGCCAGAGUUGUCCCCUUCAGGGCAAGAAUAGUUCAAACUGAAGGGCAACUUGGCAGCAUCUGCAGUCGUCGGCCUGGAGGGGCCUGGGCACCCGAGGGGAUGCUGUGUAUUGCUUCCCUGAGCCCUGUUUGGGGCCAUGCCUGUGGCUCCCCAUUCCAGACCCCAAACAGUGCUCCCCUGUCCUUCACCAUUAGGAUGCAGGUGUGCAGCGAGCUGGUUAGAUUCCCAAGUGGGUCCCACUCCAAAUGGGUGGCAGUGUUCUCGGCAAAAUCAGGAUUCAGGUGCAGUGCCAGAGCCAGGACCUCCUCCCCCCCGGCCUUUGGUUCUCCUUCCCAGUCCGGUCACGUGCUGAAGAGCUGGGCAUGUCCCCCGACCUGGGCUGUUUGUCCCUGCUGAGUUCUCACAGUAGGUCCUGGCCCUUGACCGUAUAAUAGAGGAAGGACAGAAUUUUACUGUUCCCUUCUGUUGUCUGAUUGCAAAUAUUAAGCCCCUCAUUUUUGGAGGAAGCCACCUGUCUCAAGGAUUCAGGUGUCUGCUCACAUCCCCGCUGAUAACUUCCUGUGGAGAAGCCAGAGGCCAAGGGGAGAAUGUGGGCUCCUUUUCCUCCAGAACUUUUACUUGGUGGAAGUCACAGAACUCAGUAUGACUAAAAAGCAAGGUGACCGCGUGACCCACCUUUCCCAAGGGCCCCUCCAGAAACGUUCCUCAUGCCAGGCCUUUGCGGGGGGGUCUGGCUUUGCAGGUGUGUACGUGAGGA